CUUUUAUUAAACAAAACGAAACCUUCAAUCUUUCUCAGAAACAAAAUUUCAAGCUCGAAAUUUUGAUUCAAACAAAUCUCUCUUUUUCUUUUACAUUAUUUCAUAGAACCCAUUUCCAAGCUCUCAUCAAUGGGUCUUUCAGUCGAGAAUCCGGUAACAGAAUCCCACGGCCGAACCCACAAGAUCUUCUUAAUCAGCAAUUACCUUCUCUUAGGAGCCGCCUCUAGUUGCAUCUUCCUCACCCUCUCUCUCCGCUUAUUCCCUUCCCUGUGUGGAUUCUUCUUCAUCCUCCUCCACGUCAUCGCCAUCGCCGGCGCAGUCUCGGGUUGCUCCGUCGCGGUUUCGGGGUCCAACAAAUGGUAUUUGGCUCAAAUGGUGACGAUGGUGCUGACAUCGAUAUUCGAAGGCUCUGUUUCGGUGCUCAUAUGGACCCGGACAUCGGAUUUCUUGGGGUAUUUGAGGUCUUACGUUAGGGAAGAAGAUGGGGUUAUUAUACUGAAACUGGCCGGCGGGUUGUGCGUGCUGGUUUUCUGCUUGGAAUGGGUGGUUUUGGGGCUCGCAUUUGUGUUGAGGUACUAUGCUUUUGUCGAGGGUCAUGGGAUCGGCAAUGGCGGAUCGUUGAAACGGGGGAAUGGGAAAGUUGCAGAUGAGGAUUUGAAGAACUGGCCUUGGCCUUUCCAAGUUUAGAAGACAAGAAAACUCUGGGUUUUGUUUUUUAUUUUUUGUUAGGCAAAUUUGAAAUUCCACCGAGUUAUAUCGUAAAAAUACUGAUGAUUUUUACUGUUCUUGUUGUUGUAUUGCUU